CAGGGAAUUCCCUUCCGCUUCCCCUUCCCCUCUCCGCGACCUCGACCACUCUUCACGCUUUCUCAAAUAUUAUGGUGAACCCAGUACCCUAUUGCCUGCUGGAUUAUCUCCCCACUAUCUACACAUAGCCCGAUUGAUACUGUCAUCCGUUUGCCUUCCAUCGACUUCUGAAAGCCAGUUGACGCAAUGACCGCAAUUGACCGGCGCCCCGAGCGAGAGGCUCGCCGCGAAAGGCUCGGAGCCAUCAGGAAGGCCGUUGAAGAUCUGGAGUACGCGUAUCUCAGUGCAGCGGAUCUUGACUCCGCUGGCAUACACCUAAGCCCAAUGUCUCUGACCGACGAUGACCUCCUGCCCAACUUCUUCCACCUCUACAAGGGACAAGUUCAAAUGACAUCGGAUGGAUACAUCUCUGAUUCCUGGCCACUCUUCGACUGCGGUGCCUGGGAAAAUGCAAGAGACCUGGAAGACUUCCUCGACAAGCUUGUCUGUCAUUCCGAGUUGCCCCAGAGCGACAAGUAUCCAAUCGGGCCGCGUUAUCGAGACUUCGGUGACUUCAUUAAUUUCGGCCAACUCCUUGAAUGCCGCCCCCAACGCUGGCAAGUCCAAGCCGCCUGGGAUAUGCCGGAUCAUCAUCCCCACCUGAAAGCCAUGGUUAUCAAUGAAGCCGUCGGUGAUGAGCGGUUGCUGCGUGGAGAAGUCCUGACAAUUAUUGAUAUUAUGAGAGGUCGUCUUACACACAAGGUGACACGUGCAUACGUUAAUGCUCCGAUUUUGCUGUUUUCGUUUAUGGACACUUGUGCUCGUGCGCUGGAGGCAUAUCUCGAUGGAGAAAAUCUUGUUAUCCGUGUAACAAGGCUCUAUGACUUCAAGACGGAGGAGGAUGCGGAUUUCUCGCUUUCUAUCUGUUUUGCUAAGUGGUGGAUGGGUCAGGUUACGGAGUUAUCGACUUGAGUGUUCGGUGGUAUAGUUCUGACAAGUGGUUCAAACCGGCUUAAGGGAACGAUUCAUGUGUCAUGAUUUUAUGAUGGUGUUGAUGGAGUUUGUGGAGUACUAUAUCUUCGGAUACACGCGGCUGCGCAAGGACUGCUUGAUAAGAUUGCCCCACGCAUGGAUCUAGGGGAUAAUAUUAUUGACUACUAUUGUAUGGUGUGG